GUUUUUGGGGAAACAAGAAACCUGAAAAUAAAAUGUAUCUAGAUCACAAAACGUAACUUAAUCUAAGCCACCAAAGCCAUAAAAAUGAAAUUAAAUAAGCAUCAAUCCUCACUUACGUUCCCUUAUGGUGACUGACUUAAGGAAAAAGUUUUGGCCCCUUUGGUCUCAGUUUUGCUUUUUUGGCUGGAAAAUCUGGACUUUGCCUACGGUCACAUGUCCUAAAAUGCCUCCAUGUUGCAAUCUAAAGGCACACUUUUCAGCAAGUUUGGCAGGUGGCUACGCGGCAGCUUUUGUAAUCGGGAGGCGACAGUCACAUUUAUACAUGCUGUGCAAUUGAAGAAAAAGUUAAGAAAAAGUUAGAAUUUUAUGUUUCUCUAUGACCCUCUCAGUGAGGGUCGGAUCAUUGGCCAGCAGCAGCUCUGAUUGGACGAUGUGUAAAUGUCUCUGGACGGCGGCCUCUUUAUUAAGUGCCACCGGCUGCUAGCGGGCCAUUCUGCUCGCCUUACGGUCGCCUGACUGUCACCGUCAUUGCAUUCAUGACCACGUCGAAUCUUAAAGAUUCUGCUGAUCCCUCCCAUCACACGGUGGCUGUUGUAUUUGUGACCGCUGUAUUUGAUAGAUAUUAUUCAUCUCUCAUGUACUAAUGUCUGCCAAGAAAGCAGAAAAAGAACUGGUAUUUUCUCUGGAUUCAAACCAGUGUAUUUUUUUUUUUUUUUUUUUUAAUUCACAAACUGAACUAAACAGACUUUGGAGGUAAAUAAAAAUACACUCAGACUCAAGAUGUUGCUGCAAGCUGCCAUUUCAGCUGUGCGGCUAUAAAAUCAGGAUUUGAGGCUAAGCUUUAAGAGGAUGACCAAAAUGUUUGAAUAUGGAAAUGCCAAGUUUUCCUCUUCAACAAUAACAAAUGGUCUGGAAUUUUACUUUAUCGUUAGUCAGCCGAGUGAGAUUGGUUUCCUUUUUUCUCCAAGUUAUCUAACACAGGUGGUAUUUCUGUCUGUAAUAUUUAGUCUUUUAGUGCAAACUGAUCAGAUCUUAUAGUUAUUAGGUAGAAAUCGACCCAAAGAAAUAAAUGUGGCCAAAACAGAAAAAAGUUUAUUUUAUUUAUAUGAAUUUCAAAGCUAUAAAAAAGCAACAAAUUAUGCAUGUUGGCAAGUAUUUCUGUACCACUGAUCAGUUACAAAACAUCCAAAAAGAGACACAAAACCCAGAAUAUCAGUGGUUGUCAUGUGAUGCAGCACAGAAUUACAAAUGAAGUCUUGGCUGGGGUUUUGAACUUCUCACUAAUUUAUUUUUUUUCUCACAAAAAAGAAAAAGAUGGAAAAUGUUUGGACAGUUGUGACACUCUUCCCACGAGAGAUCUCAUUAGUUACAGCCCUUUUUCUACAACAAUGCUGAAGUGCUCUAGAAAAGUGCAUACAACAGUGGUAAUAUUGACAUAGACAGACAGUGAAGGUUAUCUGAGGAUGCAUCCUGAUAGUACUUUUGUGCUGUGAUGACUGUGUAAAUCUAACUUUUGUCUGAAGUAUGAAGCCCCAGUGUCUUCCUGUGGUCUUUACUCACCACAUUUUUUUGUGUAUCUGAGCCUUAAUGUUCAACAAAAUGCUCAGUUUAUCACAAAAAAUAUUAUAUGAAAAAUAGUUCUGGCAUUUAAGUCUGUGCAGUGGCUGUGUUUAAAUGGAACAAAAGAUCAAGUAAGGGCCUGAUAGUCGAGGUAUAUACAUUCUGGUGACCUGAGACUAGUUAAAGUGUAUUUAUCAUACAUUUGUUGACCUGUGGGUCUGUCAGCUUAAGUUUAGCCUUCCUGAAGUCGCUCUGAAGGUUGCCCUAGAAUUGCUGUAAAAGCAGAGCCACAUUCUAAAAGUAGAAGCUGAAGAUGUUCAAUGAUCCAUGGUUAACCGUUCCUCAAACACUUCUCAGCUGCAGCACAAUCGCAAUUCAAAUCAGGAUAUGCGUAAUUGUCUGAGUGCAAUUAUAUCCCAGCGUGUGUGUUUAAAACAGUCAUGCAGUUCAGAUGAUUCCCCCUCAAAUCAAAUCUUUAUGAUUUUCAUUAAAGUUUUGAUGUGUUUAUGAUGGGUUUUAUGUUAGAAUGAGAGAAAGGGACUGAUGCUCAGACACACCUGAAUAAGCAGAGUGGGGACUUUAUAUCUGUCGCCAAAAUCACGGUAAAUGUUUUAAACAUGUGGUAAAGGUAUUUGAAGAGAUUAAAAUGGAAACUAUCCAAGUCACAAUUCCAAACAAAUAUCACUUCCUGCUGGUAAAUUUGUGGCAGCGUGUGUAUUCUACAUACAAAACAGGCAUUACAAGUUAUACCAGAUUGAUCUUUGACCAAUCAGAGACUCGAAUUGGCAGUAAUGUACUCUAUGAACUCAUGGAGGUGUCAAACGUUUGAAAAUUGAUCAUGGAGGACAAAUUAACAACAUUUGUGUUUAGCUAGAGUUAGAUGGCACCAAAUCUUUAAUAUAUUGGAAUAGAGCUGUGAAACUAAAAAAAAGUCUGGAGCAAGACUCCCAAGAAUUACACAGCUCUGACAUAUUGCACCGAGCUUUUUCCAACUGUAGGUGGUGGACAUGUGUGAGAAAACAGUAGAAAUAGUAGAAGAAUCCUCUCCCUCUUUGUCCAGCGUGAACACCAUGGGCUGGCGCUCUCAAGAAGGUGUGAUUAGCGUGUUCAAACAUGACUGAUGUGAGCGGAUCAUCACAGAGAGUGCCACUCUCAUUAUAUAAUCGCUCAAAUGUGUCGUUGUAUUCUUAUAAUGGACCUUAGCUAAAAGUUAACACUAGAAAAUAUAUGUUAAAUUUUAGGCUACGGUUUAACAUUUGGUUUAGGAGCUUUUCUUUUUCUCAUUUUGGCAAAUCAAAGAUUAUUUUUUUUAGAUGUGCUUUCCAUCUGCUAAAAAAAUAAAUAAAUUGGAAAUCCUUUUUUCUGCUCCUUUAUGUUGUGUUCAGUAUCAUCAUCCUUGGAACCCUGAGUCUGCAGCCAGGUCUCAUCAAUGAGCGGUCCUUAUAGAGGUGUAAUGAUCAAUCGAUAUAUCCAAGAAGAUCAAUCUGUCUGAGGCGAGUUGUUAAUUAAAUCAAAUUGACAAACCAUUUUAAAAUCAUAUAAAAAUAAAGUAAGUCGGUUCUAAUCAAUUUAGGAAAAUACCAUUUCGUUUGAGGCACUGUAGGUUUAUUUUGCUAUUACGUAAAAAAACAACCAUAUGCCAUCACAGCGGGCAACACACGUGAUGACAGCAAAAAAUGAUCAAGUCAACAUUACAGUCCAAUGUGUGGAAGCUAUUGGAUUUAUCAACCACAAAUUAUGAUAUGAAUUGAAUCAAAAAUGAACUGUUACACUUCUUAGUCCUAAGCAGUUCUGGGCUCUUCUCUUCUACAUGAUUUGUUCUAGUUUUGUUUUUUUUUAAUAUCAUAUUUAUAGACUUUGGGAAGUGUGCUUGAGCAAUUUAAUUUGUUGUGCCAGCACUGACCCUGCAGUCUAAGUUUUGUUUGUUUUUUGGACAAACUGCAUACAUGCCGAUCACAAUUGUUUUGGAUGCAUCUAAUGUAGACUGGCUCACAAACAUUGACGUUUUUGUUUGUGUCUGUUGUCAUCUGGCCAGAUUUUGGUUCAUUUCUCAGCUGAUCGUUGGUUUGAAACUUGUUGAUUUGCCUGUCUCAAUAAUUGUGAAAUAUUUAAUCUUCCAAAAACACAAAUAAAUUCUAAUUCAAUCUUUCUUCAUCCAAUCAUCCAUUAUCUUCACCUGCCUCCUGUGUAGGGUUAAAGGAGUUACCUGAGCCUCUCCCAUCUACAAGCACAGGAUUAGCAGGAUUAGGGAUGUAAUAUUAAUUUUAACAAUGAUUUAGAUUUAUAUUUAUUUCAAACAUGUAAAGAAAAAAUACAAAGCAUAAAACAGGGUAAAAAAAAAACAAUACAAUCUCCAUUUGUAAAGAAAAAGUCAGCAACUAAAAUAAACCCACUGUCCCUCAGUCUAAAUGGUAUUUUCCAAUAUUGAUAUAAUCAAUUUAUUUCAUUUUAUGAAUGAAUGAAUGAAUGAAAUGGUUUAUCUCAAGCAAUCAGGUCACAUUACAUGACAUAUCACUAAAUGAAUCACAAGUAGAUCGCUUGAAAGGGAGUGGAAGGAAGUGAACUUAUAUAAUCCCACCCCAACUCGACCACACCAGUUUCUCUACGUGAAUUAUCAAUAUCCGGUUCAGGACUUAAUAUCAAAUAUUAAUAGAUUCGAUCUUCCAUGAGUUGUAGUAGCGGUGUUAACUUAGCUUGAAGUUCCAGCAGAGCUGCUAGCUUAGAUUCAGAGAGAAGUGCCGGGGUUAACGGUUUUGAGCUCUGCCAGAUCGGCUUCAAGAUUUUUCUUUAGUGCCAUGUUCAACUUCCCUCGUUGUUGAGGAGAGUUGGAGACACGCGUCUGCUCGUGACUCAGAACCGGAAAACUUUUAAAUGAUUUUAAAACGAUAUAGGUCAAUUUAAUUAAUAAUUUGCCUCAGAAAAAUCAAUUUAGUUGGAUUGUAGGAAUACAAAUCGAUUCAUUGAUUAAGUGGAGCAGUUUUUACAUCCCUUGAACAGUAAAUAUAAAAAGGACCAGAUAAAAUUCAAACCAGGAUCACCUUAAUGUAAAGACAUAAUUCAAAUGACUAAAUUUAACAGCUAAGAUAUUCUGACACAAAAAUAGGUUCAAGCAUGUUUUAAAAGUACAUGAAUAAAAAAAGUACUGGCUCAACACACCGAUGUGUUAUUCCUGUCAUCUUACAGGUGUAUAAACCUCUGCCAUGUCUAUUUGAUGUGUUCCCCUUUUUGUUCAUUUGUUUUUAUCAUACUAGCAAAAAUUGUUGCCACAAAAGUAAAAAGAAAAACAAGUCAGCAAUGUAAAAAAAACAAAAAAAAAACAGCAGGCUUAUUUACCCCAGCAUUGAGAGUUCGAAGCCGUGUUGACAGACCUUCAUCGCCUGCCAAAUGUUUCAUCUGAGUGGUGUGAAGGUUUUCUCCUACAAUCCAAACACACAGUGGACCGCUCUUCAUGUAAAGAAAAGCAAACAGAAUUGCUUCCCGAAAGAAAAGCAGUGCUGCCAAACCGAGCCGGCGUGGUUCGAGGCAGACACAUUUAAUUGGCACGUGUGAUUACCACAGACACCGCUUCGUUUCUGAUUCCACAAACAACAGUUAGGCGAGUCAAUUUGCUUUAAUUUCAUUGGAGGAGAAAAGCCAGCCUGUCAGGAUGAAGCUGCUGCUUGGUGGGAAUGAGUGCUCGUUAGACGGCAAUGAAUGCUCAUAAUUGGCAAACUGCUCAUUGCUCUAGCUCAAAAAAGACCCCAUCAGUGGAGAAUUUUCUGUUUCAUUAAGUCAUGGUCAGAAAUAAUAGGCUUGGCACAAGCAGAUGGAGAAAAAAAAAGAAAAGAGACAAAAUGGCUAAAUUCUACUCUUAAUCUUGCCGCCCAAUCUGGAAGUAUUUUAAGUCUGUGUGUAACAUAUUUUUAAUAAUUAAUUUUUUACUCCUAAAAGAUCACUACCCCCACUACCAUAUCAUGCACAAACACUGCAAAGCAUGCUCCUAUGGGCAUGCAAGAGCACUGCGAUGGAGAGCCACAAGUGUUGACUCAUCUUGCGUCUUUGUGAGCCAUUGUGUUGUCGUUCUCAGUGCGCUACUCUGAAUGCUGCAUUCACAGCUGGUAUUUUUCUGGCUCUCUCACUAUGCAGGGACAUCUCCCUCAUUUAUUUCUGACAGCAGAACGAGAGCAUGACUCAUCUGAGAUAAAGGCUGGCGAGGAGUUAGUCUUAAGGGCCAGAAAGCAACAACAGAAAGCAAAGGUCUGGUGUUGGUUUGUGUGGAAAAGGCUCCUAUCAUUUCCAAUCAGCUGCCACUUCUGCAUGACUAAUGCUGAAAUUAUACAUAUCAUUGUCAGAUGGAGCAUGGUCACACAGCUGUUUUUUUUUUUGCCAUGGCGAUAGCCUCUAACACACAUGCACACACUUCUGCACGCUAGCUCAUUCUUAUCUGGCUGGCUUGACACCAUUUUGCUCUCUAACAAUAUUGCUAAUUAUAAUUGUUAAUUAAUUUUCUGCCAGUGUCCUCAUCAGGAGACUAAUAACCUACAUUUCCAUUAAUUAGACCUUCGACCUUUCACGCUCUCUCUUAGUCUCCCUGUCCCACACCAAUCCACCCCAUCAUCCCAUACCUGCUUUCCUCUCUGCAUCUGCCUGCUGCUCUCAUCCAGAUCGCCCCAAACCCAACAUUACUAUUUUAUCUCUGAGUACUGGGAUGUUUAUUUCUGGCUUUGAAAAGAUAUUGCAACAUGUCUACAAUGUAAAACAGUAGAAAUAUUGUCUCUUGUAAAUUUAGUCUUUGUCUUCAGUUCAGGUGAGAUGAGAUCAUUGACUGUAUAUGAGAACUGAACUGAGUGACCCCUCCCCCAUGGCGUUCCAAACAGGAAGUAUCUGCUGGCUCCAAAAAGCCCAUGACUUCCAUUGAGUCAGUUGUUACUCAGACGUUAUAUUUAUAACAGUUCUUGCUAAUCCUAAUUUUCUCACAAGAUUUUUUCUGUAGUGCAAGUUAUUAAAGUCAUAAAUCGGAGUAUGUGAUGUCACGUGGAAUUUUCAAAGCAAUUGAUUGACUGAUUCUCCUGAGCCCGCUGUCAAGUUGAAGGGGUGUGGCCUUCCAACACACUCACUCCUGAUUGGCGAGAGUUGAAAUGUUUACAGAUUCUGACAAAUCCCUACUUAGUGACAAUUCCUGGUUCCAACAUGGCUGCAAGGAAAAGGUGUUAGAGCAGGAAGUAAGUCAUUUUCUAUUGGUGAUGUCACACUCACUAGGUCCAGUUCUCAUCUAUGCAGUCAGUGCUAUAGCUUGUUGCUGCCAUAAGCCUCAUAGUAAAAAGUAUGAAAUUAUAAGCAAGAUUUUGCUUAAGAAUCUGAACAUUUACAUCCCAGAAAGGUCAUCUAAUGUAACUGAAACCUGAUUUGAUUAUGUUUUUAAAUUAUUCAACUUAUCCAAAUGAAAAAACAAAGCAAAAAGACAGAAAAGUAAUAGAUGUGUUGCUGCGCUCUAAAUCUAUCCUACUCUUUAUAUGCUUGUUCUUUAAAAAACACAUUUGUAGAAUAGCCUGAUCUUCUUUUAUUUAAUAAAAUAACACUUUAUAAACAGAUACAUUAAUGACACCGUGAUGACGAGAAAAUAAACCACAAAAGAAAAGUUGCAGCUUAUAACUGAUGAAAAAGAUGUGCAAACACACUAAUGUUUCUAAAGCUGUUUCUGAACAAACCACUAUUGAAUGUAUCUGGCACGGUAGAGGAGGUAUGAUAAUUUGUGCUCUUUUUGCUGUCAUAGGGCCAAUUUCAAAUAUUUGAGGGAGAAACAUGAGGGCAGCUUGGUAAUGCAACACCACUCUGCUCCAAAUCCUAAUAGUGAUGAUGUCUCUCAUGAUUUUCAGGGCAUAGGACUCAUGCUUGAACAGAAAUGUGCUAAUACCAGGCAUGUAUCGUCAUGUUUUAGAACAGCAGCAUGGUUCUGGCUUUGCUAGUCGCUUCACAUUACAUCAAGAUAAUUGAGCAGACAGGCCAUCUUUCAAUUCCUCAAAUGAUAAUAGUUCAUUAAAAAAUGCUAAUUGGCCUCAAAUUGAUUCAGGAACUUUACAAGAUGGACUUGAAUUUGCUUAAAGACCUACUCUGUGUGUUUUUGGUGUUCUUGUAGGAUUUUUCUCUUGAAGGACAUAUAUAAAAUGGCUUAAAAUGAAAAAUUAUUUUUCCGAGUAUUUAUUUAGUCUUUAUUAUAAUAUUAUUAUAUAUGUUUUGCCAUCAUUACUUUGAAGAUUUUGAAAUAAAAUGUUUAUCAAUGGAUGCCAGACUGGGUUUUUACGACAAGCAAAACACAAAAAAUUGUUUUAAUGGCAACGAUGUAGAAAGUUUUUCAAAUCAGGGGUGAUUUCAGUUUUUAAAAACUAGUAUUUCUAUGAUUUGUGUUGCUUUGUUGUUGCUGUUUUGAUAUUCAUUAAGAUUUUUGUAAUUCACUAUUUCCAAGUGUUUUAUCUCAAAUAAUAUUUAGGCCAAUAAGUGUUAUGAGUUCCUGCCCCCCCCCCAUGUGACGAGCUGCCAUGUGUGUGGGAAUUUGUGAGCGAAUGCGUGCGUAUGUGCGAGUAAUCAACAAACAACUUCUCUCUCACGGAAACUACCCUUCCCAUCAGACUUGGCUGACCUGGUUUCAACAUGGAGUAGAGCAGUGAUAUUAUGGCAUCACUUGCUCUGAUCUCAGAUCACUGAAAUGCCUAAGACGUCUUGGAGCUGCACUGCUGCAGAAUCAACAGAGCUGUUUAUUUUACAGGCCCGUUGAUCCCUUGGUGGUUUGGGUUCUUUGCUAACUUCUGUUUAUUUCCAGUCUUAGCGGAUCAUUUCUUGGACUCUCCACCUUUGAGGUUCCUUUCUUUCACCCGUGAACACUCCCUCUGUUUCCCCUAUCUUCUCCCUCUGGCGUACGAGGAAGAGGCAGACAGUUGGCACUUGCAUGUCCAUACUGUACUGACUGUGGCAAAAUGGCAGCUUCUCUCUCAUCGUCCUCCUUCCUUUACCUCACUCACCCUCUCCUGAGAGAAGUAACCCAGAUUUCAAAAUGAAUCGCCGCCUAUUCCCCUCAAUCUUUCUCCUCUCUCUCUGUUACUUUAUUUUUUCCUCACUGUCUCUCUCUCCACCUCUCUUCUUCUUCUUCCUCGUAAAAACAGAAUCAAUCUUGGAAAGAGAAUACCACCUCUGUCUCUUCCUCCUCCUCAUCCUUUUUUUUUCUGGGUUAACGGAGAUAUAGCGAUGCACUCCGCCGCUAUCUUUGGGUCUCAGAAACUUGAAUUUUAACUGGUUUUGCUUGUUUUUAAUGUUACAACCCUGUUUUUUUAUAUUUUUUUCAUAGGUUUAUUUUUGUUGUCAGCUUUUUUGAGCUUUGCAGUGUUUUACUUCUUUUCGGAGGUGAGCAGCUACAGGUGGGCCCCUCUUUAUUUGUCAAACCGAGAGGGAAGGAGGAGACGGGGAGAGGACUGCCUUUUAUUCUGGAUUUGUUUUGGAUUUCCUCUCACUCACAGCAGGUCCUUUUCCAGCACAGCUCCGAGGCCUGUGUACUGACUGCUACCUUCCACCCCCACUCUCCCUCCUCCUGCUUUUCCACAUCCUCCAGGCAUAAUGUCUACCCCAGUGUCCCCUUCACCUUCCCUCUCUCCACUGACACUGGCCUCCCCUACGUCUGCAAGCUCCCCUCUGCCGUCGCCCCUCUCCCCUCCUCCCAGGGUGCCGGUGUUCCAGAGGAAGGGAGCCCUCAAACACAAACGGGUCGUGGAGGUGAAAGACCAUCAGUUCACGGCACGAUUCUUCAAGCAGCCCACCUUCUGCAGCCACUGCACUGACUUCAUUUGGGGUAUUGGAAAGCAAGGAUUCCAGUGUCAAGUUUGCAGUUUUGUAGUCCACAAAAGAUGCCACGAGUUUGUGACCUUCACCUGUCCUGGCUCUGUGGCGGCCCCCAGACCUGACGACCUGAAGAGUCGACACACAUUUAAGGUUCACACAUAUUCAAGUCCCACAUUCUGCGACCACUGCGGCUCGCUGCUGUACGGCCUCAUCCACCAGGGCAUGAAAUGUACCAGUUGUGACAUGAACGUCCAUCGAAGGUGUGAGACCAGCGUGCCCAGUCUCUGCGGACAGGACCACACAGAGAAGAGGGGGAGAAUCCACCUGACCAUCAGAGGCGACAAGGAGGACGUCUACGUGACGGUUCGUGAGGCUCGCAACCUGAUGCCCAUGGACCCCAACGGCUUAUCGGACCCGUACGUAAAACUCAAGCUGAUUCCAGACCCGAAGAGCCACAGCAAACAGAAAACUAAGACCAUCCGCUCGACUCUCAACCCUGUGUGGAAUGAGAGCUUCACAUUCUCAGUGCGUGGCCACCAGUGGGACAGACGUCUGUCCGUUGAGGUGUGGGACUGGGACCGGACGUCCAGGAACGAUUUCAUGGGUGCUCUGUCCUUUGGUGUAAGUGAGAUUUUCCGGCGUCCCAUCAGCGGAUGGUUCAAGCUCCUGGCUCAAGACGAGGGAGAGUACUACAACAUUCCUGUCCCGGACCCAGACCUGCAGGAACCUCAGCCAGACGUCACGACGCCCAUUCUGCCUCAGGUGGUGGCGGUCCCGCUGCCGGAGCCGUUCCCCGUGGCCCUGUCCCCCAUCCCCGUCCAACCCUGCCUGCCGCUCCACACGCCAGGCUCUGCCAAAGUCAAAGUGAGCAUCCACGACUUCAACUUCCUCAUGGUGCUGGGCAAAGGGAGCUUUGGCAAGGUGCUGCUGGCAGAGGAGCGAGGGAGCGAGCGUCUGUUUGCCGUGAAGGUUCUGAAGAAGGAUGUUCUCUUCCAGGAUGAGGACACGGAGAGCGCCUUGGUGGAGAGGAGGGUUCUGGCUCUCCCCUCACGCCCUCACUUCCUCACAUCUCUCUAUAGCGCCUUUCAGACUGAGGACCGUCUGUAUUAUGUGAUGGAGUACGUCAACGGUGGAGACCUGAUGUUUCACAUUCAGCAAGUUGGGAAGUUCAAAGAGCCGCAUGCAGCCUUUUAUGCAGCGGAGGUGGCAGUCGGCCUCUUCUUCCUGCACAGUAAAGGCAUCAUCUACAGGGAUCUGAAGCUGGAUAAUGUACUGCUUGACAGUGAAGGCCACAUAAAGAUAGCAGACUUUGGGAUGUGCAGGGAGGGCAUGUUUGAGGGCGACACCACGCGCACAUUUUGCGGCACCCCGGACUACAUUGCCCCCGAGAUCGUGGCUUAUCAGCCAUAUAACAAAGCAGUGGACUGGUGGUCGUACGGAGUGCUGCUUUAUGAAAUGCUGGCAGGACAGCCACCGUUUGACGGCAUUGAUGAGGAGGAGCUGUUUCAGUCCAUCAUGGAGCAGAGCGUGUCCUACCCCAAAAGUCUCUCCAGGGAAGCCGUCGCUAUCUGCAAGGGACUCCUGACGAAACAUCCAGCCAAGCGUCUGGGUGGAGGAGAGGAGGCCGAACGGGAGAUCAGGGAGCAUCCGUUCUUCCGCUGGCUCGACUGGGAUCGCCUGGAAAGACUGGAGAUCCAGCCACCGUUUAAACCCAGAACUGGUGGAAGGAAAGGGGAGAACUUCGACAAGUUCUUCACCGGAGCUUCAUCGGCGCUCACGCCGUCCGAUCCUGACGUGCUCGCCGCCAUCAACCAAGAAGACUUCCAGGGCUUUUCCUUCCUAAAUCCAGACUUUGCCCCCUCGCCUCUCACCGCCGUUUGAAAAAAACCUCCCAGUCACACCGAUCUGUGACCCCGGUUAUCUUUCCAAAUCUUAGAUUCCUAGUGGAAAAUUAGCGUGUGACAUAGCAGCAGGUCACUUAUUCCCUCAACCAAAUGUAAACGUUUACAUGAAGAUGCCAAGACACCUUGAUAUUCACUCACUCUUUGACGUAUGAAUGCACUAGUUACUGCACGAGUGUCAACAGCUCACACAAAGGCAGUAGACUUUUGCAAGAAUACUGUAGUAUCGAUGAAAUAAACACUUUGCAUGCAGCUAGUUUUCAUAGAACUUCAUAAUUCAAGGAAAACAAAAGUAUUCAAAACUUUGGGGUUUUUAGGGGAAAUGCGUACCCACAUGUCACCCAGGGCGCCUCUCUGAGCUCAGGGCAGCCUUGUUAGCAUCUCAGUGCAUAAAUGUAUGAACGGGAACUGUGGCUGUUCAGCGCUUUUGGUUUCGAAGAAGGUCGAAAAGUGCUAUAAAAAAGAAAUAAACGCCAUUUCCCAUUCGACCAAAAAAAAGCCAAACUGAAAUCCUUUUUUUUCCGGCUCAAUUUUGCCUCUUCCAAGCUCAUUUGCUUGUGCAGGAACAUGCACAUUUAUGUUUUGAUUGUUGUACACCAGGAAGCUUUUUGGUGUGUAAUGAUGUGCUCACAGCAUUGAUUGGUAGUAAUUAAAAGCGAGGCUCAAUGAGACUGUUCAAUACACGGAAAAAAUGCUAACAGUGUUGUCAAUGAAACCUGUGUGAACAAAGCAGGUGGCAGCACCAUCUCAGCAGUCUUAUGUCAUAAAGAUAAAUGGUGUUUAUUUGUUUGAGGGAUAUUUAGAUGUUUUUUUAAGACAGAUAAUACUGGAAUUGUGGUUAAUUGUGCAGCAAAAGGUCCUUUUAGGUCAGCUAGAGAGGAAUCUGAAUGUCACAGCCAUGCAGUAACAUAGAUAUCAUAUAUAAAAUGUACCAGUUUAUAGUAGGCAAUUAUAUUUGUUAGUUUAGUUCUUUUUUUGUUGUUUUUAUGUGCUGAAAAAUGACAAAAAUCUAAUAAAGUGACUCAGAAAAGUCAUGAAUGGUGACUCAUUCCAUGAUGUGGUGUGAAAACAGAGAUGCACAACUUUUUCUUUUGUCUUCUCCCCCACACCUCCCUGUCACUCCCUCAUUUGGGGGGGGGAGUGCACCUCCAGCAUGUGUGCACGCUCACACAGGCGGAAAACAUGCUGACCUCUCGGUUUGCUGCGGGACUUUAGUUGUCGAACCAGCAAAAGCAUCUCGCUUGCUUCCUCCACUUGCCCUAUCUACCCCCGCCCCCUCGCCAGCAUCAAGAUGGGACUAAUAUCUCCAUAGAGACCUGAGUUAUAUCAAGUUGACCUUCACAUUAAAAUCUCAUCAACCUCCUAAUUCCCUCACUUCUUCUCACGUUUUUUUUUUUUUCCCUGAUUGUCAGUUCCGUACUUUGACUCCGUCACUGUCAGUAUUUUAUGUAUCUAUCCUGUCAUCAUCUAAUCCUCCUUUCACCCAUCUUCACAUAAAUUCUGCUUUAUUUGGAUUAUUCUUCACUGAUGAUCAAAAAAGCAUAUUUUCUUUUCUUUGUGGCUGUUUUUUUGCUUGAAACUAUAAACUGUAACCACAAGAUGUGUUCUGUUUUUUAAAAAAUAAUAAAUUAACACAUUUGGCUUCA